AUGGCGGAAGGAGAGCAACAUAUUCACGGUAGAAGAAACAUUCGAAUCAUGCUUCAUUUGGCGCUUGAUGUUGGUGGUGUAAAAUUUAACUGACAAAAAACGAAACUUGGGGUUUUACUGACUUAUACAGAUAUUCCAAUUCAAUCUGGUUUGCUUACUUUGACAAAUGUUCCACAGGCUUGAAAAUAUGUCAUCGUGCCGUUUAUAUGAACAAGCUUAUCUUUAAAUUUAAAGCAACGACCUUUCUAACAUGUUUUAUAUUGUGAGUUGCAUUUCAAGUCGCAAUUUUAAGGUUUGUUUCACUUUUUUUCUCCCUGUUCGUUUUCAGGGAAGGAUGAAGCUUUCAGCCCUUUCUCCAUCAUGGCUAACAACAGCAUCAUUGACUUCUGGUAAGAUUUUACGCGGUGCGGAUAAAAAUGAAUAUUUUACGGUUCAUUUUUAUGCUAUAUUUGUACUGUAUUCCUUUGUUUUUGGUUCUUGGUAUUUUUCAUCGAUAGUCUUGGUGCAAAGUUGAAUCUAUGCUAUGUCAAAAUGCAACUUAGAUGAAAAUAAUUCCGAUGUUUGAUCGCUUGUCCUUCAUAAUCUUUCAAAUAGUAAUCUCCAUAACAAAACACCGGUAUGUCCAAAAAUUUGAUAUGUGAUUAACUGCAAGGCAUGGUUGUUUUUCAUGACUUUCAUGUGGCUAAAGGAUGUUCAAACAAAAAUGUUGUCUCUUUUAUUGUUGUUUUGUUGUUGUUUCUGUUAUGUAGACAUCAUGUAUAAAUAUAAACAGCAUCUCAGUGUUUUUAUUCUGUUCUCACUUUUUAGUCGGACAUCAUUAGCAUCCAUGGCAGGCAUCUCUGCUGGCAUUCUUGGUCUGACAGCUCUGAAAGGCUUCAUCUUUUACUUUAUAGCUUCCCUCUUUAUGUCUGUAAGUUAUUUUUCAGUCCAUAACAUGUGAUGGAAAACCCCUUAGUUUUAAUGGAAUUUAGCCAGGCCAUUGCUCUGGAAUGGAACUGGUGCUGACUUUUUGGUCAAACUUACACUUAUGUCCAGAAAUGCAUGCAGUAAUAAAAAUGGCAGAUUUUACCAAAUUUUGUCAAAGCAAGUGAAUGUUCAUGGAUUUGAUCAUUUUGGGGAAUUUUAGUCAAAUUUCUCAAAGUAGAAUCAGUUUGGUGGAAUUGACAAUUUUUACAAAUUGAAGUCAAAUUCUUCAAAGCUCAAUCGGCCAGGCAGAUUUGACGAUUUUGAGGAUUUUUUGUUACUGUAUACAUUUCUGGACACAUCUCAACCUCAGAUGGAGUUUUUUUUUUUACUUUUCCUGGAACUCAAGUUUUCAAAUAAUAACAGAGCUUGCCCAUUAGUGUACAAGUAAUUUUAAAUUCACAUAAUUCUGAUGAUCUCUUUUCUAUUCUACACUACGAUACUGUCUUAAUGUAUUUGUGAAAAGAUAAUCAUUGUUCUCUUUAGCAAGUCAGGACUAAUAAUAGGUCACUGUAUUUGUGUAUGGGUGAGAUAUGCAGAUACCUAUGAUUGGUGUGCUGGACUCCGGCUCAAGAGGUUUGGGUUCAAACCUGGCCACCACAUUGUGUUUUGUUCUUUUGGUGUUGAAUUCAAAUCACUUUACUCUCCUAGUACCUUGAUCCACCUCAGAGUAUAAAUAGGUAGUGGUGAAUUGUCAAGAAAGCCUGAUGAAAUGCUGGGGGUAGCUUUGUGAUGGACUAACAUUCCAUCCAAGGGGGAGAAGUGAUACCCCUUGUAGCUUCAUGCCAAGGAACCCAGGAUAGACCUUGGAUGGGUGCGCAGUGGUUAAUCCCCUUUUUACUUGUUAACAUGGAAUAGUGGAAUAGUGAUCCAUGCAUGGGCACAACACACAAUCCAAAGAUAACAAACAAUAAUUUUAAAAUGUUACCUGUUUUCUUUAGAUUCUAAUCUGUUUAAAGGCUGGUACACAGUGGAGAAAAUUUUUCAUUUCUUGGUGGGAUCUGAGCACCUCUGGAAUCUUUGGAGGAGUAUUUGUAUCCUUUUAAAACAUGUAAUAAAUUUUUAUUUUAACUGUUAUUAUUACUAUCAUUGUUGUUUUGAUUAACAGGGUUUAAUAGUGAUGCAAGCAUUUCUUUGCAAAGGGUGAAGCUGGCAGGGGGGAGGGGUGUCCUGGGGUGCCCAUGACCCACCAAUGUAAGUCUUUUUUUUAAGCAAACAACCCACAAUAUUCAGGUAAGAAAACUGGUAAGUGCCCUCUGUUUGACACAGGGUGCCCUGAGGGGGCCCCCCUACUUUGAAAAAUCCUGGCUACCCCCUUGUUUGCCCACAGGAAAGCACGAGGAGGCUUGAGCAACCAAGGUUGGCAGAAGGUCUGCAAGGGGUCUGGGACUCAUUGUGAGUGCUAGACCCCAGGCUUCGUCUCAAAUCUUCCCACAGGCAGAGAAACACGCGUCCUGCGGCGCUAAUAACGUGAACGUGCUUGCAGGGCUAGGCUUUGGCAGUCACUUUCGAUUUGAAUUAAACUGAUCAAGCCCCAUCCAAUGUGCCACACUAUAGUUUUACAGUGACUGUAGUCAGCUUUAAGGUAUUGUUUAAUUAAUGAACUGCUGUAAUAACACAGAAUUUGUCAAAUUGCCAAAGAUUUGAGAUUUCCUCCAUUUUGAGACAGAUUAUGUUAAAUACGAUUUAAAAUGGAUCACAUUCGCCCGCAAUUUCAGCUAUUUAACAAGUGUGAUAUUUUUUUUUAUGUUAGGGUUAGCUUUGAAGUGACCUCCACUAAGAUGCGCAAUAAUGAUAAUUUGUAAAUUCACGCCCAUAUCAAGUUAUUUCCUUAACUGUUGUCUCUUGUUUUGUCUGCAUUUUAGACAUAUUUACUAUUUUGGACGUAUCCUUUUGUUCUCAUUUAUAAAAAAAAUUAUAGCUUCAUUUCUUCAGCAGACGUGUAUUUGUUUCCCACGCACUGAUAUCCCGGAAGAGGAAAACCUCACGACCAGAAGAAUUUCUCACAUUAGCACGAGACGUGAAUCUAUGUUGAGCACCGUGAAAUUCCGAAAGGAGUAAUUAUCUGGUCUUUACUUUCGGAUUCAAUAGCCUUUAUAUAUCGCUACCUACGAGGUUCUCUUUCCUUUGGUAAUAAGUGUAGCAAACGCCCAGUUUUGUUUAGGAAUCAGAGACAUCUUAACGGUUACACUUCAUAGUUUCGUAUGUAUACACCGUUUUAGCCUUUAGUUUCUUUUAUGUGGUAUUUCCGUCAUUUCCUGUUAAAAAAAAUUGAGGUCGCGACGUUGUGAGGGUCAUGGUUUUCACGUUUUCACAACUUUGAGGAUUUUUUUAUGCACGUGUUAAAUUUUAUCACUGCGCUCGGAGGCGGGAGGUGGGGGCUAUUACCAACAUGUAAGCGACGUAUUGCCGACAUGCAACCGACGUAUUACCGACAUGCAGUCGACGUACAACCGACACAACGACUGUCGGCCGACUGAUGUUCGAAAGCUGCCCUAUCGGUUUGAAAGUCGGAUGACAAACGGCAAACAGAUGAGCGACAAGUUAUCGACAGGCGAUAGGUAUUUGGGGGAACUUUUCAUAAUUUUUGCGGUGGCUUAUGUAACUUUGCGGUCAUAGUGAUUUAGUCUGGGGCAUGUCACUGAUUAUUUCAUUACAAUUUGCAUCAAAUUCCCCCGCGGGAAAAAAAGUAGCCUCUAGAUGUUUGCCUUGCUCAAAGCGUGUUGCUUCGUAGGUCAACUAGUAUCUGGGAGGCCUGGAUUCGAAUCCCGUCUAUGCCUGAAUUAUUUUCAGACAUUUUUUAUGCAAUUGCUUCUAAUAAUUGCUGCUUGCUUGCGAGUAUCAUGCGUUUAUUUUAGGAACUAUCUUGUUAUAUAGGGAAAGAUAUAAAAGCGUAGAACGAAGAAAAAAUUCUGCGUUCCUCUGAGGAAUCGAACCUCAGACCUUCGGAUUCCGCGCUCCGGAGCCACAGAGACUCUAUGUUGAGCAAAGCCCAUUACAAAGUUCUUAUAUGACACGCGUCCUGCGUACUGUUAGGAUCAAUAAUAUCUUGUUAUUUCUUUAACAUUUUUAAGGUUUUUGUAUGGAAUGGUUCAUGUAUACUAGGUACUCAGUCCGCUGACGAAAUUACUGUCAACAUUUGGAAGAUACACUCAUGAGUUUGAUCGUUCAACACGCGAAGUGUGAUGGUGAAAGGGGAAAAGUUUCUGCCCCAUACUGUGAUGUGGACCUUCUUAAGACGGAAGAAUUACCUUAUCUUUUGUGAAAUGCUCUCAUAUUCAAUCGUCGAACACUAUAAUUAAUUUCUAUCAACUGACUCUACUUUUGCCUGCGACUUAAAUUCAACUAUUUGGACUUAGUCAGAACUUUACCGAUGAUCUGAAGUAGGAGAGAAAUCCUGCGAAUGGUUUUGCGGGUUACUCCUAGUUUGCAAGAUGGAAGAUCACUUGUGAAAUCGAGGCUCCGCUAUCUUACAUAAAUUUGAAAGCAAUAAACUGCUUGAACUCGAUCAGGCCUUCAGAGUAUUGUAGAGCAUGCGUACAUAAGGCGGUUUUCAAUUGAAUUUCCUGACACCCAACCAAUCAGAACAUAGGAAAAUAUCACAAGGAACCAAUAAGCACUGAAAGUGAUUACAGGCAAACUACCAAAAGCGCGGGGAAACGUGAGUGACCCAGUCGCGACUGGCUUGAGUUUAGCAUCUGAUUGGUGGAGAAUUGGUCGUGAGUUUUUUUGGACCAAUUACAAACCAGAGUAUAUCAAAACCAAUGCAACAGCGGAUUACUCUGGACACUCCGUUGAAAAUUGCUUUUAUGUGAAAAAAGUUUUUU